CUUCUUCCAAAAAAUUACAAACAAAACAUCGCAUUGUGCGGCAAAUUAUUUACGAUUAAUUUUGAUUGGAACUGGUGUUCAAAUUCAAAGCAAUAUACUUUAUUUUACAAACCUUAUGCGUGCAACAAAGAGCUAAGCAUGUGUUGAUAUUGGAAUAGGUUUCAGUUUGCUAUGUCUGCUAGAAAUUAUUUUUCUGCUCGUGAAAAAAAUUGUAACAAAUUUAUUGAUUUACCGAGUAUAAAUCCACAAAAGUUCUAUUAUCGUGGUGGCUACGACUUACCUGCCUUAUCAGCUACUACAAACAGUUUUAUUAAUCGAAAUAUUAAUUAUUCAUUUGAAGUUCAGUCAUUCGAUGUGAAUUUGGAUAAUAUUGAACGUUCGGGAACUCCUUUUUCAGAUUUCUUCUCUGAAAGUGAAACAGGCACACCAGACUUCCACAGUGAAGAGAGUGACAGCAGCACCGGCUCCAUUCUUCGUAAAAACACAGCGGAGGCGACCAAGACUCUUGCAGAUGAGUGGGAGAAAAUUGAGAGGACCAUCUACGAUGAGGACGGAGAGAAGUCCAAAAGACCUGAAGUGAUUGAAGAAUGCGAGCAAUGGAAGCAGCUGCACCCGCAACUGAGGGUCGUCGGAAAAGCCAUCCAGUUGCCCGAGAAAAAGCUGAACUACCGCCAGAUCGAGACUGAUGAGGUAAUAGCCAUGCACUAUAGUGAUUAUGAGGAGUUCAGCGAAGGUGCCGAGAGACUGUCCCAGAGUAGCACCGACGUCACGCCACAGAACUCGCCGCGAGUGUCUGUUUGUGACUUCACUGAGCCGAAACUGUCCAGAGAAAAGGUCACGUUCUCUCACAAACACGACAACCACGACCUUCCUGAUGACUUCUGCUCUAUGCUCACGAUCACCCCCCUGCAUGCGCGCAGCCCGAGCCGGCGGCGGCAAAACUCAUCGAUACUCAAGUCUGAAAUAGCAUCCUCCAGAUGGAUGCGGAAUAACCGGCCCGACUCCUCCGUGAACUGUGAUAGGAAUAGUGCUAAGUCUUUCAUGUCUUUGGAUACGAGGAACUUUAACAUGGCUUUGAGCGCGCGCGAUCGGAAUAAGGUGAUGAAUCGGGUAGUGACGGCCAAACCGAGAGACGGGGCGCGGUUGGAACCUCUUUACACGCCGGAGUCGAAUCAUAACGACGUGUCCAGAUUGUCGAGUUCCAGACACGGUAUUCAUAGAAAGGUGUCAUUACCCCCGCUUUUGCUGGAGGAAGAAAAAAGGAAGUUGGGAUCAGCUAAAAAGCACAGCUGUAAGUCUAAGAAAGGGGCUCAGAGGAAUUUGUUCCACUUUGAUCGGGUCAAGCAUAUUUAGCGAGCCCUUGUUGACGUCACUUAUUCAAAGAACUAUGCGGUUGACGCGCCUUUGGUUGUGUGAACAUAUAACGGGUAUGUACAUUUCUAGCUGUUUUUUUUAUUAUGUUGUUACGCAAAUCUUGUAUAUUUAUCUAUCUUACGACAGUAACAUAAGACCCGUCUAGAUAACACACAUUCGGUUUAAUAAAGACGUGAUGCGGAAAUGCCGUUCUAGAAUUCCGAAAAUGAUAUUAGGUAGAAAGUAGAAAAGUCAUCUGGUUGUAAAACCAACUUCAAUUUAAAAUAAGUUAUCGUAAUUUAUUAUGUAAAUAAAUACUAUUGCCUAUAAAGUUAAAACUUUUUUGUCGUUCAAAUUGUUAGUUACAGGCGGGACCAACUAUUAUUUAUUUGAUUUAAUGACACAGCAUUCUGUGUUGCGUAUUUUAUAAUGUUUGUAUAAUUUUAAUUAAAUAAAUACCAGUUCUAGUCAGUUAAAAUUAUUUCAGCACUAUGUUUCCUAAAUAAUUUAGUCUAUGGAUUUUAUAUUUAAACUACCUACUUAGAUUACAAAAGAAUUGAAAGUGUGUUGAUGCAAUAAAUAAUAUUUUUGUUA